UCUCAAGCCCAUGCCCCGAGACCUCAUCAUCGACCUCGUGCAACUUAUCAGGCUCCCAGGCAAAGCUAACGAUCAUAUUUAAACUAAGCUUGCUAUUGAUUUUGCUAUAGUCAUGAUUCGGAUAUUGUCUUCCUCUACCAACUGUGUCCGUGCCGGCUGCUCGAGUCAGCUCCGUCCAUUUGAUCAUGACCUCGAACCUCAUUUCCCGCUUCCUCCCCGCCAAUAGUACCACCUCGCCCUCCAUCUAUGAAACUAUACAACAGUACGACAAGAAUUCGGACUCUUCUGAUAUUGAGGAACGGGCGGGGAUGUCACUGGACGAAGAGAACCUUAGAGGUCCCUAUGAGGACUAUGAGUUAGAAGAAGCGUUGGCAACAGCCUCAGACACCCAGUCAACGACUCAAAGCACACUGUCCCUACAACAGCCCCCCCGCAAGGCUCCUCAAGGGUUUCCAGGGAAGUCCAAAACUCCACGUAAAGCUAAUCGCCAUAAAUGGACACUCUCAUCCCCGAGACCGAUGGAAGACGAUAGAGAUGAUGAUGACGUUCCUGCUUCGUUGCUAGUGGAAGGGGAUGACGAUGACGUUGGCACACAGGGCCUCGCUGCUCCCCCUCCCCAUCGUCCUCCGAACCGCAACAUCCAUGAUAAUGAUGAUCCUCUUCCAUUAUCGACGCAAGGCACUCGAAAUCGCUGGGAUAGCGCGAGAGCACAUCAGCCCAUACACCCUAUACCCCCUAGAAUAGUUCCCGCUCCUCCUCGAGCUGGCGGCCAGCGUCGGGGUCUGGCAUUCGUUGACCCAAAAGAAAAAGCUAUGUGGAGAUGGGCCAAUGUUGAGAAUUUGGAUAAUUUCCUAGCAGACGUGUAUGACUAUUUUCUAGGCAAUGGGAUAAAGUCCAUUUUCUUAAGCCGGGUUUUGAACCUUUUGACCCUGGCAUUCGUAGUAGGUUUUACAGUAUUCCUAACCAGUUGCAUCGAUUAUCGACGUGUACCCAACAGCAAAACCAUGACGGAAAUCGUUGUCCCCCAGUGCGUUCGGAAAAUGUCCGCCUCCUCAACCCUCCUCCUAUGGCUCUUUUCAAUUUUCUGGAUUUAUCAAGCCGUUCGAUACUUACUAGACCUGCGACGACUCUAUCAUUUGCACGAUUUCUAUCACUACCUUCUAGGUAUUUCGGAUACCGAUAUUCAAACGAUAUCAUGGCAGGAGAUUGUGAGUCGAUUGAUGGCACUUCGCGAUUCAAAUCCGUCAACCGCGGGAGCUGUGUCUGCGAGGAAUAGGAAAUUUUUGGGUAGCCAAUCAAAACAACGAAUGGACGCUCACGACAUCGCCAACCGCUUGAUGAGGAAGGACAAUUACCUUAUUGCACUUUUCAAUAAGGAUAUCUUGGACCUGACGCUUCCGAUUCCAUUUCUCAGAAACCGACAACUUUUCUCACGGACUCUGGAAUGGAACCUUCACUUUUGUAUUUUGGAUUAUGUGUUCAACGAUCAGGGUCAGGUCAGAACCUUAUUUCUUAAAGACACUCAUCGGAAGGCUUUGAGUGACGGAUUAAGACGACGAUUUCUCAUUAGUGGACUUUUGAAUAUAUUUAUUGCCCCUUUUUUCCUCAUCUACUUCAUGAUGCACUAUUUUUUCCGCUAUUUCAACGAAUAUCAAAAAAAUCCUUCCCAAAUUGGCUCGCGCCAAUAUACCCCAUUAGCGGAGUGGAAAUUUCGUGAAUUUAACGAGCUGCGACAUUUAUUCCAACGCCGAAUCAACAUGUCCUACCCAUUUGCGACUCGAUAUAUCGACCAGUUCCCGAAGGACAAAAUGGUCCAAAUAGCACGCUUUGUUGGAUUUAUUGCUGGUGCAUUGGCAUCAGUUCUUGCACUCGCCUCCGUUGUCGAUCCGGAGCUUUUCCUGGGCUUCGAAAUAUCCCACGAUCGAACUGUACUAUUCUAUCUCGGUGUGACGGGAACAGUGUGGGCAGUGGCGCGAGGACUUGUACCUGAAGAGACCCUAGUCUUCGAUCCCGAAUUUGCUUUACGAGAGGUGAUAGACUUCACUCAUUAUCAGCCAGCGCAUUGGCAGGGCAAACUGCAUAGCGACGAAGUAAAAGCAGAGUUCGCAAUGCUCUACCAGAUGAAAGUGCUCAUCUUCCUUGAAGAGCUUCUCAGCAUAAUCUUCAUACCGUUUGUGUUGUGGUUCAGUCUCCCAAAGUGCAGUGACCGGCUGAUAGACUUUUUCCGCGAAUUCACGGUACAUGUGGAUGGGCUUGGUUAUGUUUGUUCAUUUGCUGUGUUCGACUUUAAGAAAGGCACCAAUGUCAUUCCCCAAAAUCAGGAUACCCAACAAGGCGGUGCCCAAGAUGCUGGUCAACGGGAUCUUCGAAAUGAUUAUUUUUCAACCAAAGAUGGAAAGAUGUUGGCGUCAUACUAUGGCUUUUUAGACAACUACGCCAACAAUCCGCAACCAGGUGCUCCAUAUAUCCACGCUCCAAACAGACGCCGUUUCCACCCUCCUCCUUCAUUUCCUGCCCUAACAUCCCCUCCUAUGAUGCCCGAGGCAAAUUACAUGGGCACUGGUCGACAAUACCGAUGGGACGCACAACAACGAUCUGUUACCCGACCAAACAUUGUAGGAUCCCAUGCCGGCGGGCACUCUAUAACACCUCGAACUCCCAGGUUUGGUGUCGCGGCUGCAGCUGGUGCGCACAACUCACCACUCGCUUCAGUUCUUCUAGAUCCGCAUCACCAACCAUCAACGUCAGGCUUCCGUCCGCAAAACCGAAACGUCGCACAAUCCCAGUACCGUCCAUCACGCCAGGCUCAUCCCAUGAACGAUACAAUUCGAGAUGAAGAUGAACCAUCCGGUACCAGUCAGAUUCUCCCAGGUCUUCACAGACAUCCCUCCUCCAAUAUGACAACGGGAUCUAGCGGUGCUGACGAUAGUCGUAUGGAGGAGUCUUGGCGGAUGAAUAUCAUCGAUGGUGAGGGUGAAACUGAUGAAGAAACGGAAAAUGUCCAAGAUGUCGUCGGGGGUGCGGGCGUACUUGGGUUGAUCCAUCAGUUCCAAAAAGUCAGCAAUGAUGGACGCGGUGGCGGGGCUGUCGGUAUUUGAGUGGUAACUUCUAUUCCCUGGUUUCAUCCUUUCUUUAAGGCUCAGGCCACAGAAGACAACAGAGGAAGCUUCCUGGAAUAUGGUCUUAUAUGGUCUUAUACUACCUUAGCCAACUCCCAUAUUCGUCUUACUCGUUCCACAUAUACUCUCCCACUCCCCGACUCGUACAAUUCAUUUUUCUCCCACCCCACUGCUCCUAGUCCUAGUUAUUAUACAUAAAUCCUAUGUCCCCAUUGUGCCUGUUUAUUUACUUUAUAUUUUAACGUGGGUAGCGUUGAUGUUGGCUUUUUUUAUUUUUUAUUUUUAUUUUUAUUUAUUUUUUUCAAUUUUGUAUUGCCUGAUUUAUUUACGUUGAAACAGAUUUUGGGAUGGACAGCAAUGAAAGGACAGUGUUGUGGUUCUAUUCGAAUUUUGGAGAUUUAUACAUUUAUAAACAUAUAUAUAUGCCUCAUAGGUAUGGCUGUGGCUGUGGACAUAUGGUUUAAGAAAUCAUAAUCAAGUGACUCAAGUCAGUCUAUAAAGCAUUUAUUAUCUAGGCGUGGUGCUUUUAAAACCCAUGCACAAACUACUGUAGCUCUUUAUUCUGGCAGAGUCAAAUAACACGUGUUGUUGUAGAAUCC